AUGGAAUAUUCUGGGGUGGCGUGCACUCAAAUUCCAGAACCACAAGAGUCUUCACCUUCCAAUUCAAAGUCACCGGACAUCGAAACCAAAGAGAAGGAUGCUGAUAAGGGCGAGAGGGAUGCAGAUAAGUUUGAUGGCUUGCCUGCACAUCCGUCAUCGAAUCGCCGCGAGGGAGCUGAUAGCGAUGUCGCCAAGAAUGCGGACGUUACUCAUCCACCCCGGGACACAUUGACCGCUGAACGGCCCUGUGAGCCAAUAUUUGGAACACAAUUAGCUGGGCACAGUGGGAAUUCCGCUGGCAACCCAGGAAUAAAUUGGGCUCCUAUGGAUGAGCAGGUUGAGAUGAAGAAGCGCCAGCUGAUGCGUCUCAGAAAGGAAAAGUUUGAAUUUGAGGAAUCCAACGCACGUGCCGAGCAGCCUCCAGCGAGGCAGACAGAGGCAGAGCCCAUCGAGUAUAUCCAAGGACAGGAACAUCUUCCGAAAGAGGGAGAGACAAGAGAGAAGGAGAAGGAAGAGCAUAUGGAGGAGAAGGAGGCAGUUAGGACACACGACGUGGGUCGGGAUUCUACAAAAAGCAUGCACAUUGAGAAGACCUCCAAGGGGGAUCAGAGGCUUCGGGAAAUGUUGCAAGAGUGGGGACAUGAUGAUGAUUUCAUUCAGCAAAGGUUGCAAAAGAGGGAUGACAUAAGGAAGUUGCUAGAGAUGGAAGAGGAGGCGCAGGACAAGAAGGGUACUUGGUUGAAGAUUCGCCGCGAAGACAUACUUUCUGCAACCGUUAUUGCACACGAGCUUCCCUGGACUUGGGCGGAGGAUGACCCGGAUUACAUUAUCAUCCAGCGAUGGCUUAGCAACGAUUUCUUAGCUGAGCUUUACGAACACACUAGGUGCGUCCGCGACGGAGAGGUUCCCGCUGCCCCCUAA